GGACAAUUGAAUAUUUAGGUAGGCUGAUUGAAGAAGGAUUAGCCAAUGUGUCCACCUAUAAAUUACCCACCAGUGCUGAAAUGUAUGCGCCUACUGACAACAAAGUUAUAGAAUACGGAUCCUUCGACUUUGUAAUAAUAGGAGGAGGAACCACAGGAGCAGUAAUAGCUAGUAGACUUUCAGAAAUUCGAAAGUUCAAGGUUUUAUUAUUGGAGGCUGGGAAAUGGCCCAAUUAUGAUUUCAUUCAGUUUCCCACUUAUACUUUUCCAUCUCUUCUUUCCGAGUACAAUUGGGGAUUCACAAGUGUACCACAAACUACUGCAUGUUUAGGUAAGGUCAACCAACUUUGUAGCACUUCUCAAGGAAAAGGACUUGGCGGUACAACAUUAAUCAAUGGAGGUAUUUAUAACCAUGCUGAUCCAGCAGUUUUGAAAAAUUGGGCAAAGAUUCUGAAAGAUCCUUCAUGGUCCUACGAAAACGUUUUGCCAUUAUACAAAAAGUCAGAAAAAUUUGACCACAGAAAUCCGUGGACACCUAUCGAUGAAGAUUACCAUGGAACCGAAGGGCCUUUGAACGUCGAAGAAAGUCUGCCACCAGACCAACUGACUGGUAUAUUCUUUGAGUCCAAUCGAAAACUAGGAUUCAACGUCUCUGAUUGUAAUGGACCAUAUAGCCAAGUUGUGUCAGCUUUUCAGCUAUAUACAAAAAAUGGUAGACGGCACGAUACAAGUGCUGCUUUUUUGAAACCAGUCUUGGAUCGAAGAAACUUAAAUAUUUCCACAGAGAGCUUUGUGACCAAGAUUGAAAUUGAUAAGCGUACUAAGGUUGCCAAAGGGGUAACGUUCACCCGUCAUGGCAAAAUAUAUUACGUCGAGGCAAAAAGAGAGGUUAUUCUUUCAGCAGGAGUUUUCUCCAGCCCUAAAAUUCUUAUGCUUUCCGGUAUCGGACCGAAGAACCACCUGAGAGGGAAAGGAAUAGAUGUUAUAGCGAAUUUGGAAGUUGGCAGUGCAUUCAUAGAUGAUGUCGUUACUAACUCCCUAAUCUUUUCUUCUAAAAUUUACUCACCUGCUCAAACGCAAGAGGAAAGAAUUCAGGAUUAUUUGCAUGGUGUUGGCGCUCUAACAACAGCAUCUACUUCUCAAGGAGUGGGGUGGUAUAAGUCUUAUUUGAAUGAACAUACAGACUUCUCCGAUUUCGAGCUAUACUGCCAGACAACUGCACCUACAGAACUGGAAAUCAAAGUAAACAACUGGAGAAAAGAUACAUACCAGGCAGUAUGGGGUAACACAACGAAUGCCAUACAACUUCUUGUAUUUCUACUCAACCCCCACUCGAAAGGUACCGUCAGACUGAAAUCCAAUAGUCCCUUCGACUAUCCUUUGAUAGAUUUGAACUAUUUCUCAGACGCUGGAAAUAAAGAUAUUAAUGUGAUGUAUGAAGGUAUCGAGUUGGUUUUCAAACUGAUAGAAACUACUCCAUUCAAAAAACUCAGGGUUAAAUAUGAGGGGAGCCCAGUUCCUGGUUGUCAACACGAAAAAUUUCUGUCUAAGGAGUACUGGCAUUGCUUUUUGAGACAAACCAGUUCUUUCGGAUACCAUGCCACAGGUACGUGUCCCAUGGGUACCGAUCCACAGAAAGGAGCAGUGGUUAAUAAUAAUCUAGAAGUGUUUGGAAUCAAGAGAUUGAGAAUUGCGGAUUCUAGUGUCUUUCCCACUACUGUAGCUAGACCUCCAAGUGGGACGUGCAUGAUGAUAGGUGAAAAAAUAUCUGAAGUAAUUAAAGCUCAGUAUGCUUGAAUAUUAUCGCUCGUGGGUCACAAUAUUCCAAAUCUAGAUAUUGCUUGAAAAUAUAUCGUAAUAGUAA